AUGCUGCCCUUGCUGGACGUCCUGCGUCUUCCCACAACUAGGGUACUACUCACAACCGAGACCUUCGUUUCUCGAGUCCUUCCACCAGUCGUAUGUUACUUCGCCACAGCUUUUCUUGUCCUGCUGCCCCGAACGCAGCCGGUCCGCAUUGCGUUAUGGCCCAUCACCGCGAUCCUUGCACUUCGUGCGGCGACAUCGUUAGACAUGUCCAUGGGGCAACAGAAACUUGCCUUGUUGAAUAUGCAGCUGCAAAUAUCCAUGAUGUAUAUUGCAGCACGCACCCUUGAAUGGACGGUGCAGACGAAACCUUUUGUUCGUAUGGCUGGCCGAUCAUCAACCGACGCGCCAAAGCAAAAUCUUGUGCUCGACGCAAUUGAUUUGGUAUGCAACGCUCGGGGCUGUGGCUGGGACUGGUCGCAGGGGCUGUACAUCCCGCCUGAGACACAUCCUACAUCCUCACGAUUGGCUUUUGCUACAUCCGCCCUAGUCUCUGGUCUAAAGCACAUAUUUCUUUCUGGCGCGAUUCACUCUGUCGUGAAGUCUUUCUCUCCAGAUACAUUUGGAUCUGUUGGUGGCACCAUCUUCGACGACUCACUUCCCCCACACCUCCGUUAUUUACGAUCGAGCAUCAUCGCCACGCUAUGCGCAUUCAUCUCCUACUCAUUAAUCAAAGCCAAUUACGAGAUCACCGUAGUUAUUUGUGUAUUGAUAUUCAGGCAACAUCCAGACCAAUGCCCCCCCUUAAUAGACUCUCCCUGGCGCGCCACCUCUCUCAGAGAAUUCUGGAGCCGACGCUGGCAUCAGGGGUUCCGUCGGAUAUUUAUCUUCCUCGGGGGAAAGCCACUUUCUCUGCUCUUUGGGCGUAUCGGGGGCGUCAUAGGCACGUUCCUCGCCUCUGGGUUUAUUCAUCACUUCGCACUACUUCCCAUCGACCCUUCCUCGGAGAUGUGGCGCAUGGUGCUGCCAUUUGGAAUGAUGGGCAUUGGGAUGGUCAUUGAGCGUGCUGUUUCGGGGAAUAAGACACGUGGCUGGAUGGGAUGGGUGUGGACAAUGUGCUGGGUGUUGUUGUGGGGGAACGUGAUGGUGGAUGGGUGGGCAAGAGCUGGAAUGUUUGGGGGUCCGAGCGUUUUGGAUAGUGCGACGCCUAUAAGGCAACCGAUUGAGUGGCUGGUCACCUUUGACUGGCUAGUCUCCCUUCCACACGAACACAAAAUCGUUAUAGCCGGUAAUCACAAUACGUACCUUCAGACAGUCGAGGGUCGUUCAUGGGUCCACACAUGGCGAGAGCGUGGCAUCAUCUAUCUGGAGGACGAGGCUCACACUAUCCAAGUGCGUGGUCGCGCAUUCAAAAUCUUUGGCAGUCCAUUCACUCCGCAGCACGGCAUUGGCGCUUUCCAAUACCCACGUAUGGGUGUCACUGGCACUCCCAGCCGUUGGUCUGUCACUCCAAACGACACAGACAUUCUCAUCACUCAUGGUCCUCCUCACGGUCAUCUCGAUCUCUCUCGACUUGGUUGCAGAGCCCUGCUUGCACGUAUACGGGAGCUCUGUAGGACGCACUCGCCAGUGCUUCAUGUGUUCGGACACAUUCAUGGCGGUCGUGGAAUCGAGCAUAUGCCCUGGAACUCUGCUCAGUCAAUAUGGGAGGACAUUGUGCUCAAGAAAGGGGGUUGA